AUAUAAAAAUGCCGAAGCAUCAACAGCAACCGCAAAGAAAACACGCCAAACGGGGUUCCAGGCCUGAAGCCGUACCUAAAGCCGAAGAAACACUCCGCCUCUCUCUCUCUCUUUCUAUCUCUCGUGCCUCCUGCCUCCAUCCUCUCCUCCUCUCUCCUCUCUGCCUCGCUGCGCGGUUAACUGGUGGCUGAAAUGUCGGAGAAGGGAGGCAAAGGGUUUUCAUUGCCCACCAAAACAACACCUAAAUCUGCUCUCAAAUCUACCCCGGCUUCUGCCACUGCUAGACAUGGAAAAGAUGAUAAUUCUGCAAAAUCAAAGAGGGGAAGGAAAGUUCAGUUUGGAAUGGAAGGUUUACCUAACCUUGGAUUUAAUUUCUCAUCGCCAAAAUCUGAUGGCAAGUUUGCAAUCCCUGUUGGUAAAGGUGACUGGGCCAAGGGAGGAAAGGGAGAAAAGGUGGUCAAUGGUGGAAAGGCCCCUGUGGCAAAAGAAGCUAAGUCAUUGGAGCUCAGAGUUGAACAGGAACUUCCAGAAAAUGUUAAAUGCCUCAUGGAUUGUGAGGCUGCAAAUAUUUUAGAAGGCAUCCAGGAACAAAUGGUUAUGCUCUCUCAAGAUUCAACUAUUAAGCUGCCCGAAUCAUUUCAUUUAGGACUGCAGUAUGCCAAGACUCGUAGCUAUUAUACUAAUCCCCAGUCUGUCAGACGAGUUCUUGAGGCUCUUUCAAAAUAUGGUGUCUCUUACAGUGAGAUUUGUGUGAUUGCAAAUACUUGUCCAGAAACUGUUGAUGAAGUUUUUGCUCUUGUUCGAUCCUUGGAGGCUAAGAAAAGCAGGCUCAGUGAACCACUUAAAGAUGUAUUGGAUGAGCUAGGUAAACUUAAAAAAUCCACCUGAUGGCAUGUGCGGAUGCUCAGGUUACUAGACUGUUAGGGGCUGGGAGCUGUGCAUAUUUUUGAGGGGAAGCCUCAUCGGACUUGGCUUGAAAAGGAAUACCCUCUUCUUAUCAUUAUUGAUGGUUGUACGGUCUCCAUUUUCAUGAGCAAGAGACUAGAGGACCUUGUGCAGGAUUUUGUAACUAUCGGAUUUCCUAAUGAUAUGAAUUUGUGGUUGAAUAGAGAUAUUGUAUCUAUGGCAGCAAUUGUUUGACGGUGAUUGUUGUUUCAUGAUCGGUAUGUUAAUAUUUGAGAAAUGAACCUUUCAGCAA